UGCCACAGGUCAUUUCUGGUCAUUUGCCAAUCCUCUCUUAAUUGCACCAAAUCCGAACGGGAAAAAGCAUCGUCGGCCUUUGAAGAUAGCUGUUUAAGACGCCUUGUACAGCCUCAUUGUGUGCCGCCCUCAGAAUUCGAUGACUGUGGAUCUUAUGUGGUGGAUAAAAUUAUUUUCCGUGCUCCUCAUAAAGAGGAGUACACAGAUAAAUGGAGCAAAGUUAACAUUGUGUUCUCCACCAUGUUUAUUGGUAUCAAAUACAUCUGAUAUAGUAGCUGUCGACUAUGGGAAAGUAAAGGUAAACUCAGCGAUUCAAGGCCUUACAAGAGCUGUAGCAAUAGACGUUCAUUUCAGCUUGGGAUACAUAUUUUGGAGUGACGUGACGGAACUAAAUAUCAAACGAUUCCGGAUUGACGUGAAAAGCACGACUACGGUUAUUAGCAAUAUUGGUGUUUGCGACGGACUAGCAGUUCAGUGGAGAACAUCUCAGUUGUACUGGACUGAUACAACGUAUAAUAAGAUAUCGGUAUCAGACUUGGAUGGUAACAACCAACUAACUUUACUAUCUUCGGCAUUGGAAGAACCCAGAGCAAUAGCCCUUGAUCCGGACAGCGAUGUAAUGAUUUGGACAGACUGGGGAAGUACUCCAAAAAUUGAAAAAGCCUCGCUGAGCGGACAGCAAAGAGUCGCUAUCGUAACGAAAGAACUUUUUUAUCCAAAUGGGAUUGACCUCGAUAGAGGAAGCAAAAGAAUCUUCUGGGUAGAUGCCGGCUAUGACAGAGUGGAAUCAGUCGACUACAAUGGUAACAACAGGAAACUGCUUUUCCAGAUGUAUGGCCUACAUCCCUUCGGAGUUGCUUUGAUCCCUCCUUUCCUGUUCUUUACUGACUGGGUGACAUACAGGGAGUUCCAUAUGCUAGACGCCACGACCGGAAAGGUACUCAGAAGUUUCAAUAUCAAUGGUGGGCAACCUAUGGGAAUUGUAGCUUACGACAGCGGGCGACAAUCAGUAGCUUCAGGUCCUUGCGCUGUAAACAAUGGAGGAUGCAGCCAUUUCUGUAUUCCUAAGGCAUCCAACCAUGAAUGCGUGUGUCCAACAGGCCUAGUGGUAAAGCAAGAUGGAAAGACUUGCGAAGAAAAGGUAAAGAAGUUUAUUCUUUUUGCUGACGCUGACGGCAAAUCCAUUAAUAUCGUUUCACUGGAUGUAAACUACUUCGUCGCUCAAACAUUAUUUAACCACCGUGGAAAUCAGCGCCCUAUUGCUUUGGAUUAUGACCCUGUCGAAGAUCGCGUGUACUGGUCGGACAUUGCUCAAGGUCUAAUCGUCAGCGCUUUUAUCAAUGCAACUUCAUCAAAAAUUCUUUUCCGUUGUAACAUCCUAGUUCCUGAUGGUUUAGCUAUUGAUCAUGUUGCACGGAACAUUUACUGGACCGAUACUGGAAAUAACAGAAUUGAGGUAGCUCGUCUGGACGGGACAGGUAGGAAAGCACUGAUCGCUAGUGGACUAGAUGAACCAAGAGCCAUUCUACUGGAUGAAAGGAAUGGUAUGAUGUACUGGACGGACUGGGGCGCCGCACCAAAGGUAGAGAAAGCAGCAAUGGAUGGCUCAGUUAGAAGGUCCAUUGUCACAGGAAAUCUAGCCUGGCCAAACGGACUUACUCUCGACCAAACAACAAACCGUUUGUACUGGGCAGAUGCUAAACUAGACACCAUAGAAAUGUCUGAUUUGGAUGGAGGAAACCGACAGAUUGUUUUAUCAUCUUCAGCUGGAAUUCAUCCUUAUGGAUUAACAAUCUAUCAGGACAUUCUUUACUGGACGGAUUGGAAUAACCGGAGUAUUUCAAGUUAUAAUGCAACUAGUGGAGAGGCGGAUAUGGUGAUUCCUGAUCUACAGCAGCCGAUGGACAUUCACGUGUUUGAUCCCUCCUUGAUGUUCUUAGGCUCGCAUUCUUGUUCGCAAAACAAUGGCAUGUGCAGUGAUUUGUGUCUUUUAAAGCCAGGAGGAUACCAGUGUGCAUGUCCGACGGGUGUUGCUCUUAAGGUCGACGGAAAAAACUGCGACCAUGAUUUGUUCCAAAAAAUAAGCAGUGAACACUUCUUGCUCUUCGCCGAAGCGGAUCAUAGUGAAAUUUACAAGGUUUCUUUAGCAGUGACGAACACACCUUGCUAUCCGCUUCAAAUCAACAUUAAUAUCUCCAGGCCCGUGGCUGUCGACUACGACCCAGUUGAGGGUAAAAUCUAUUGGACAGACGUGACCCUAAAAUUACUGGCAAGAGCAUUUCCGAACGGAUCGUCAGUAGAGGUCAUAGCGCACACUGACGUGGAAACGCCGGAUGGACUUGUUGUAGAUUACAUUGGAAGGAUUCUCUACUGGACUGAUACUGGAACUAGCAAACUUGAAGUAGCACGACUAGAUGGAUCAUUUAGAAAAAGCCUCAUCACAACAGGGAUAGAAAGUCCAAGAGCCAUAAUUCUAGAUAUAGCUAGGAGACAAAUGUACUGGAGUGAUUGGGGAUCAUCACCAAAGAUUGAGCAAGCUAACAUGGAUGGGUCUUCGAGGAAAACUAUUGUAAGCACUGGACUCGUGUGGGUUAACGCACUAGCUCUAGAUUCCCAUAGUAACCUGUUGUAUUGGUGCGAUGCAAAUCUUGAUAAGAUCGAAAGGGCAAACCUUCAAGGAAAUAACCGUGAACUAGUUCUAGAUUUGUCUUCUUACAACCAUCAUCCCUUUGGACUUUCCCUUUCUGAUGACACUCUGUACUGGUCUGACUGGAGCAAUCAGAGUAUUCAUAAGUACAACUUGACGUCUUCUCAAAGUGAAGUGCUGGUCUACGGAAUGGGAAGGCCUAUGGAUGUGCAUGUUCACGAUCUGACAAAAGUACUUAUAGGAUCAACAAGUUGUUCACAAGUCAAUGGAGGUUGCAGUCACCUUUGCCUUCCAAAUCCGAGUGGACAUCAAUGCUUUUGUCCAGAGGGAGUUCAGCUGAAGCCCGGUGAUGCUCUCACUUGUGAAGGAGUGAACCGUUGUCAACAGUUGCAUGCCCCGCCACAUGGAAGUCUAGAGCCCUGCUCUAAUUUGCCAGGACAAACCUGCCAGUUUUCCUGUGAUAAAGGAUACACUUUGACGGGAUCAACAAGUAGAACAUGUAACAGUGAUGGAGCAUGGACAGGAAUCCCAACUCAGUGUAAUGCUGUUACGUGCUCUGCUCUGUCAGAACCAUCCAAUGGCUCACGGCUGGGCUGUGCAGGGACAACAAUAGAAUACUUCAAUACAGUCUGUUCUUUCUUUUGCCAUCCUGGGUACGACCCAAUCGGCUCUGCUUCAAGAAAGUGCCUUGAAAACGGGACCUGGAGUGGCCAGGACUUUUUUUGCCAAGUCAUAACAUGCCCAACUUUGCUCGUCCCACCGAAAGGGGUACUACUGACCUCUUUUUGCGGCAACACGUAUGGUUCAAACUGUGUAUUUGGCUGUGAAAGUGGUUAUGGGAGCCUUGACGGAAAUAUCACAAGGACAUGUCUACAAAACAGUGUGUGGAGUGGAGAUAACAUCAACUGUACAGAUAUUCUUCCUCCAACAUUUGAUGUCCCAUGCCCAGCAAGUCCUUUGAUAGCGUAUGCAGAGCGUGAAAAGUUCUCCGCUGAAGUGAACUGGACGGUACCAACUGCCACUGACAACUCAGGACUCAAAGCAGUAAUAAACUCUAAUUACCAUCCACCAAGGAUAUUUCGCCAAGGAAGUUACAUAAUUACAUAUUCUGCAGUGGACCAGUCGGGAAACAAAGCCACUUGCAGCUUCACGAUAGAAGUAAUAGUCAUCAAUUGCACAUCGCUGGUGGCAAACCCAGGCAGUGCCUUGCGUAUGAGUAGUUGUGGUAAUCACUAUGGAGCGCGUUGUGAAUUUUCUUGUGCCAAUGGUUAUCGUUUGAAUGGUUCGUCGGAUGUUACAUGUGUUACCUCAGAUGACAGACCUCCCGCCGUCUGGGACAACCUGAUACCUACCUGUCAAAGCAUUACAUGUCCUUCUCUUCCUAUACCCACAAACGGAGGUAAGAAGGGCUGCGAGGACACAGUGUCCGAACUUUAUGACACACUCUGCAGUUUUUACUGUAACGAUGGCUACAGUCUGGUUGGAUCGUCUGCUAGGAGAUGUCUAGAGAAUGGGACUUGGAGUGGAGAAACGUCUUUAUGUCUACUUAUCACGUGUAGUCCUCUUGUUCCUCCAACUGAUGUGUCAAUUUCUCCAUCGUCUUGCUCAUCAAUAAGUAACUAUGGCCAGACCUGCCGCUUAACUUGCUCUCGACCGGGAUACUCUCCAAAUGGGACCUCAUCGAGAACUUGUGGUAGAGAUGGACAAUGGACAGGUUCAAACGACACACGUUGUACUGAUACAACUCCUCCCUCUUUCAAUAAUACUUGUCCAAAGGACAUGAUGGUCUACACUCCUGAAUGCUCAUCCAGUGCUUUAGUGGGGUGGAUUGAACCAAUUGCUGAUGAUAAUUCUGGUCACGUAAUCGUUACUUACCCCUCCAUUCGAACAUCAGCUCAAUUUCGCAUUGGUCUCUAUUAUAUAACAUAUUCAGCUUCGGACGCCGAAGGAAACAGAGCUAACUGCACCUUUGUGGUGCAAGUUACAAGGAAAUCUUGCAUCAAACUGCAGCCACCAUCACAUGGAAAUUUGAGCCUUUCCUGUGGCUUCUCAUUUGGUUCCCAAGCUAGUUUUACUUGUGACAGGGGAUAUCAAUUAAGCGGGUCUCGUGAGCGCUUAUGCAAAAAAGACGGCUCAUGGUCAAGAAACACCACUACAUGUAAUGUUGUGAAGUGCCGAGCCAUCGAGCCUCCAUCUCAUGGAACCGUUUUUCCAAAUCAGUGCAGAUCAGCUUCUGGUGUUCAUUAUAAAACCAAGUGCUUCUUAUCGUGCGACGAUACCCCUGGUUACCGACUGGAUGGCGAAACUGUGGUAUCCUGUCUUGAAAGUGGAUCGUGGAGUGCAGAUUCUACAAAGACGAUUUGCAAGGACGUUCAACCCCCCAGCAUCCAAUGCCCACCUAACCAAGAGCUACCCACAGAAACUGGCCAAGCAUAUGCAAUAGUGACGUGGGAGAUACCAGUUCCCUCCGACAACUCCAACAUGUCAUUAAGUCUCAAAGGUCUGCGCCCUCCACAACUGUUCUAUGCUGGCAGAGAUUAUGUUAGAUAUGAAGUUACAGACAGCGCUGGGUUGUCAACAAGCUGUACAUUUUCUAUUCACGUCAAAGAUGUGGAGCCUCCGGUCAUUUCUUGCCCUGACGAUAUCUUCCUUUCGACUGGAAACAAAGAUAAUAUGAUCUUUUUUCCUGGACUCGCUACAUCGGAUAAUGUGGGCGUCUUCUCCAUUAUACCCAGCAGACCAAAUGGAAGCGAGUUCACCUGGGGCGAGCACCAUGUAACUUUUACUGUCACAGAUAAAGCAGGAAAUGUUGCCGAAUGCAAUUUCAAAGUUAUUAUUACCGAUGAAUCAUGCCCUGACUUAGCACCACCUGAGAAUGGUGCCAAAGCUUGUGAGACGUGGUUGGCCGGGGUGUCGUGCACCGUGCAUUGUAAUAAAGGCUAUGGGUUCGUAAAUCAACCGGAAGACGUAUAUUUCUGUACUCCAGGUGGAACAUGGAUGAACGCGCUUGAAAAUGGCCAAAAAGCACUUCAUUUUCCAGACUGCUCAAAGACGUUCAAGCCGAAAGAGGCUAUAGUGAAUGGAGACCUCCAUUAUCUAAUUGAUGAGUGUGGUAACGAAUCAGUGAACGAAGUUAUUGCCAGCAACUUCAUACAACUAUUCCAAAAUUCAGUUUUUGGAAAGGCUGGAGGUUGUAAUGGUCAGUGUACAAUCGAUAAUGUCGAAGUAGACUGUGGAGAAAGAGGGAAACGAAGGAGAAGAGAAACGCCCAGUGUUCCUCUUACGGUGCGUUUUGCUUUAAAAGUUCCCCUUCCAGCCAACGCUUCCUUGGUUGACCUGAAUCAAACUGCAGAACUUCUAUCCAAUAACUUAUUAUCAACAUUAAACGAAAGUGAUCUGAAUCUGAACAUCAGUGGAAUUGUCAUAGAGUAUGACACUUCGAGACCACCACACCUUCGCCUCGCGAGUCUUAUUUGCGGCAAAGGACAAGUGCAAAGAGGGACGCAGUGCGUUAACUGCCCACUCGGCUUUUACUUUAACGACACCGGUUGUCACGCAUGCCCAGCAGACCAAUACCAGGACCAAGAAGCACAAAGCUCUUGUAUGUUGUGUCCACCUGGCAGAGUAACCAUUGGAAAAAUAGGAUCCAAACGGCGAGAGAACUGCCAAGAAGUUUCAAGCAUGUCCAGCACUGAUAAACAAGACGGCUUAAAGUCAGUAAUUCUUUAUUCAAGUAUUGCAGCAGGAUCUCUAGUGUUUAUUGUUUCUCUGACUAUCAUGGCCAUCUUCUGCGCAAAGAAACAUCCUCGAGCCAAGCACAGAACAACCCCAAGCCGAGAUAUUGACCUGGGAUAUCGCAAUCCUGUAUACGAAGUUGCCAAAGAUAACCCCAAAGUCAAUGAGCCUGUCUAUAUGGAGAUCGAUGUUUCCAAACUACCUGACAGGAAUGGUUUUCCGUUGGACAACAAUACGGACUACUUCGCUUUAAGUGACAUACAUCAAAACGAUUACGAAAGACUUGAAUUUACUUACUCCGAGGCAUGAAAGACCAGAGAAGAAUGGUGUUUUUGUACAUAUAGCCUUAAUAGGAAAAGGUGCUAUCCUUGGGGACAUAGAUUGACGUAAUUUGAAAAUACGCAUACUAAUUUCUUUUGUGACCUGCUUUGGAGACGCUUAAAGGAACAUGUGUAUCUAGGAUUCAUUAGUUUUCUACCAGAGAAGUGUAUGAUCUGGUACCACGAGUUGCGAUAGAAAUUGUAACGGAAGCAAGCCUUGAUUUAUUACAACUAUUUUAGUAUUUUUGUUUUUAUUUCUCUUCAUCUAUCAUACAAAAAUAACCCCAUAACGAAUUUAGCAUAUUUCGAGCAAUGUUUAAAAAUAUGUAUAUCCAAGACUGCAAAAGAUCAAUUGCGAGUCGUAGUUUGACGGAACGGUUUUAAACAGGCAGAGCAUUUUCUUUUUUCAUUUGGUGAAACUCAAGCUGGCCGAAAACAAUGAGUUGGUGAGAACAUUUUUAAUUUAGGUGGAAUUAAAUAUGCUCAAGCAGCUUAUGGCAUGGCUUAAGCCCGAAUUUUCAUACCUUAUCUUAAAACAAUAAAACUUUUCAACAAUAAUGACCUUUCAGCCGUUUACUUGAGCAUUGUCUGACUUGGUAUCAAACCCAAACAUGACAACCUUAACUUAGUGUUUGCUGUAAGUGGUUGAAAGUUUGGUUACGCGUCUGACUAUUUAGCCAUGAUUGGAGUAAGGAAAAAGGAAAUUUUAAAAUGGGCUGUCGAAAUGGCCCGCGAUGAAUAUCAAUUGAGAUGUUAAAAUUCGAUGGCUGUCCCCUUAAUGAUUUUGUCCGGUAUGGUUGAUAGGGAUUUGCAG